UGAAAAAAGUGACACCUACAUAAUGCAAGUUUUGUACAGAAAGUAAAUAUGAUACAAAGGAGAUAAUUUGAAUAGUUUUGACGUGUGCAGGUAAGUUUUAUCUCCUUUUGUGGGGAUUUUCCUAUAGAUUAUAUCAGGCUAUCAGUUACCGGGUAACGGUCAAAUGUGCGUUUAGUUGCUAACCCCGUUAUCUGGUUCCAUUGUUUUGCCACCCUGCCCCUUUAGGCCAUGGCUUGUUUGGUGACACAAUUAACAUCUAAUUUAUUGGUCAAUUUCAUGGCAACAAAUUGUUGACACGGGAACACAAGUUACCUCUGCUUGGCACUGUUGCCACGGCCUGUGCACUCGAUGGUUCAGGCCAUCACAAAAGGCCAACAUGUACAAGCGAUCUCAACUUUUGUAGAGGCACUGGGAGUCCACGGGCAGGAGUGGUGCUUAACACAACUAUAAACCACUCUACAACUGGCACCAGGGUUAACCUCCAUGUUUGAACUGAAAUUGUCAAGAGGAACCUUGGAGUACUUGACUUUGAUUUUUUCCCCCCGUGGAGCGGAUGAAUAUUUCAAAUCAGCAGCUUUGCUUCUGGCUAUUGACUACAUUGAUGAUUGGAGGGAAGCCACAGUACAGUGUCUGAGAUGGAAGACAUCCAGGAGGACCUGAAGGUGCCUGAGUGGUUCCAGCGGUACAGGAACGCCCACCAACGUCAGCUGAGCUACAAGGACAAGGCCCAGGAACUACGGAUGUCCUUACUUCAACAGAAUCAGCAGACGCUGUCCUAUGCCCUGGAGCGAGUCAGGCAGGUUGAAUUCAGCGGCAAGCACGCCGUCAAACCAGAACAGGACUUCCAGCUGGGAACAAACGGGCCAGCUGCCUUUCCCACGCGUUCCGUCUCAAACCGAUUCCAUUUCAAGCAGAAGUCGCCACGCCGACUUGAUCCUAUCAAGGAUGCCGGCCGUACCAGAGGAGCAAAGCAUAAGGGUCAACAGAAAGGACAACAGAGUGGCGAAGAAACUUCAGUGACUCAUCAAGUCAUUGAUGCCUACAGGAAGAUAUUACUGCCCUCUUGUAGCAUCCCACCGCUACAUGGACAAUGGUUGCCACAGAGAGCGACGGAAAAGUCAUUAAGGAAAGGUACAGAUAAGCAGACUAUCAUGUUUGUACAUGGCAACCAAAUGGUCUGGAACGCAGUGGAACAGCCCAAUCAGACAAUCCCCUCUGUUACAGAGUGACACUUAGAUAAUUGUGAUCUUUUUUCACACAGAAUGUUGCAGUGAAGUUUAAUGAAAAGCAAUUUUCUUUUACUUUGAGUCAUAAAUGCCAUCUACCACAAGUGAUGCCUCGUUAGAUGAGACAACUCUCACAAUGCAUAAAAGAUGGCUUUGUUAUUAGAAAACAUCUACUGAAAUCCAGGUAAGCCCCAGCUGAGUGU